CUCAACGAUGUCGCGGUUGAUUGUUAAAAAUCUACCAGCAUACCUAACGCCAGAUCGCCUCAGGAAUCACUUCGAACAAAAAGGCGCCCCCCCUGGAACCAUCACAGAUGUGAAAGUUUCGCUCAAGCCAGAUGGCACUUCACGUCGAUUUGGUUUCGUCGGCUUCAAGACAGAUCAAGAAGCAACCGCUGCAAGGGACUGGUUCGACCGUACGUUUGUUGACUCGACCAGAAUCAAUGUUAUGGUUGUCGAGGGCGCGAAAGAUGCUCCAGCUCCCCGACCAAAUAAGAAGAGACGCCUGGAGGAUGCCGUUGCAGACCCAGGACCUUCAUCGCGAGCACAUGUUCACAAGGCAGACAAGAAUGGUAAGACGAGCGCACCGGCCCCUCCGACAUCAGCCUCUCCACUGGAUCAGUUCAUGGAUGUCAUGCAACCCCGCACGAAAAAAGGUCCAUUAUGGGCAAAUGAAGCCCAGGAAUCUCAUCCGGUUCUACCUACUGACCCUCCAGAGACAACUACAACAUCUGAAGGACCCGACGAUAAUGAGGGUGUCUCGGACCUCGAAUGGAUGCGACGUCGUAUGAAGCUGGCGUCGGAUUCACCACCCGAUAAAGUCUUUGAGCAAUCGGGCGAUGAGGACGACGUUGACCACAGCGCUGUUCCUGAAGAACCACAGGAUCCAGCAACAAAGACGAUUAUGCAGACGUCUCGGUUAUUCCUUCGAAAUCUUCCCUUCUCGUGUACGGAAGCCCGAGAUUAUGGAGUUCAUAUACCCAUAGACUCCUUGUCCAAGCAGUCCAAGGGUUUAGCCUAUGUGACAUUUAAGCAGCCGGCGUCUGCCCUAUCAGCGUAUGAGGCGCUGGACAAGAAGUCGUUCCAAGGUCGUCUUCUUCACAUCAUUCCCGCUGUUGACCGUAAAGGCAAAUUCGAAGUGGUAGAGGGCGAGGGUAAAAUGAAAUCAUUAAAAGAUGAGAGGGGUUCUCGGCGUAAAGCCACAGCUGGGCGAGAGUUCAAUUGGAGUAUGUUGUACAUGAAUAGCGAUGCGGUGGCAUCGUCUGUUGCCGAUCGAAUGGGAAUUGCGAAAGCAGAUAUCCUCAACCCUGAGUCAGAUAAUGCGGCAGUGAAGCUUGCGCUUGCGGAGACACAUGUGAUUCAAGAGACGAAAUCGUAUCUCGAGUCCCAGGGGGUCAUCUUAUCGUCGUUUUCCUCCCGGGCGCGAUCUGAUACUACCAUACUCGUGAAGAACAUUCCCUAUGGCACCACCGCCGAUCAGAUACGUGAAAUGUUCGAGGUACACGGGGAACUCAGCCGCGUCAUCGUACCACCCGCAGGUACUAUGGCAGUGGUGGAACUCGUACAUGCGGAUGAAGCUGCCAAAGCUUUUCGAGCUGUGGCUUACCGACGUCUCGGAAAUAGCGUCGUCUACCUGGAGAAGGAUGGUGCAGGAAACACUGACCGCACGCUAACAACUGCAUUCAAGCCGAUCACGAUCGCUGAGCAAGAAGCUGGAAGCGGUGUUGGUGAGGACGAACCUGCUUUGUCUGCUGGGAGUACUCUAUUCGUCAAGAAUCUGGCUUUCAGCACCACCACAGAGCGUCUGAUGCAAGUCUUCCGAAAUCUUCCUGCAUUCUCGUUCGCGCGAGUACAGACCAAGCCUGACCCCAAACGACCCACCGUCCCUGGUACUGAAGCUCCACGGCUGAGUAUGGGUUAUGGCUUCGUAGGGUUCAAGACGGCUGAAGAUGCGAAGAAGGCCAUGAAGAGCAUGCAGGGCUUUACACUUGAUGGUCAUUCAUUGCACGUCAAGUUCGCUGGGCGCGGAACAGAAGACGACGCUAAGGACAAGACAGCUGCCAAGAGCAGGUCGACGAAGAUGAUAGUGAAGAAUGUACCAUUCGAAGCUACGAAGAAGGAUAUCAGAGAGCUCUUUAGCGCUCAUGGUCAUCUCAAGUCCGUACGCCUUCCGAAGAAGUUUGACUCGCGUUCGCGUGGUUUCGCAUUCUUGGAGUUCCUCACCAGGCACGAGGCAGAGAACGCAUACGCUGCACUACGACACACCCAUUUGCUUGGGAGACAUCUUGUACUUGAGUGGGCGGAAGAGGCUGAGCAAGACAUAGAAGUGCUACGGAAAAAAGCAGGCGUGGGAUAUGGUGACGGUGCUGAACUGCCUGGUCGUAAACGAAAGCUCGAAAUUGCGGGAGAUGAUGGUGGUGGUGACGAGGAAUGAUGCCACAGAUAGAAUACACUAGUAUCCACCCGCCUCCUAUCAUACAUAGACGCGUCAAUUUCCACGCCACCGACACUCAAUUAAUGACACUAAAAUAGUACCACAACUUUCAAGCUAAAACCAC